UGGAUGGUUUUAUCAUUUAUGGGCUCUGCCUGGUCAUGGUAAAUAUAACUAGGAUUGGAUGGUAUGUCAUCCUUUUAGAGUAAUGGAGCCUGUCAGAGUAGUAUAUAGAAAUUGACUAACUAUUGCAUCUGCUUAUUUACAUAUAAGAAAUUCUUGUUUAGCCUAUCCUUGGCUUUCAUAAUGCAUCUAUUGUUAUAGAAUCCCUUAUCUUUUUAGGGUAUUGGAGCUUGUCUGGGUAAUACAGGGAAAUUGAUCAUCUGUUUCGUUAUUUUGUUACAUACGAUAAAUGUUUCUUUGUAAAAUUUGUUUUGCUUCCUUACUUUACCUGUUGAACUAGCAUUAUGCCGUUGUAUAAGCUAUCUUUAAGGACCUGCAAAAAGGGUAAUAAGUUCCAUAGGCUGGAUUGUAGCCCUGACUAUUCGGUUGAUGGAUUGCCAGAUGGCUGGCCUCUUGGACUAGAAGCUCUCAACAUUAGAGUAAGAAUAAUGGAGACCAUAAGAGCAGCAGAGCUAAACUCAUUUCAUCUGGCCACACCUAGUUUCUCUUCAUUGUCUUCAUCAGAUCUUGAUACAGAGUCCACAAGAUCAUUUUUCCCAGAUAAGAGCAUCACUCUAGGGACUCUCAUAGGUAUCCGUACUGAUCAUACCACCAUGCACAAUGGCAGUGCUGGUCAUCAACAAGCUCAGAUGCAAGUAAGCCAGAGCAGAUGUGGUUCAACAAGACCCAAGAGUUGUCAUAGGCUGAGAAAGUGGAAAUCUUAUAUGGGUUGUAUGUAUUCGAAUUCUAGAAUAGACAACAGCAUCCCUUCCCUUGGGCAGUUCUUGGAAGCACAUAGACGAGCUGGAGUCUCCUUUAUUGGUGCUUCUGGUGAAGAAAAUGCCUAUGUUAAUGUAAUGUCAGAAGAACCUGAAGUUGCUGUAUCAAAUGGUGAUCUUUUUUUGUUAGAUGGUCAUCGGAAUAUUCAGUCAAGGUCAAAUUCUUCAAGGUUACCUGCCUCAGAACUACCAGCCAUUGAGGAGAAUUCAGCUGGUGAUCUUACAGACUGUAGUCCACGUGACACUCUUGGAGUGAAAAGGAAGCACCGAAGGGCGCAUUCUUACAACUUUUGUUUGCCAAAGGUCUCAAACAUUUUGGUCAGAAUGAGCCCCGGCAGGGGCAGUCCAAGUGGAAAGAUCAAUCAUUCAUGAUCUGACUGUGGAGGAUUUAAGUGCUGCGAUGGAAUCUUACUGUUUUGGCUUGAAGUUCUUGUUAUGUCUGCUUCUUUUGUGCAACCAAAUAUGCAUUCACCAAUUUCACUUCUUUUAUUUUGGAUUGUAUUAAUGAAUCUAUGACUGCUUUAUUUCAGUUUCUGGUAUGAGAAAAGUACUGUCAGGAGUGAUAUGCCAGAGAAGUAAAGCGAGGCAUCUCUAAGGCACUCUAAUUUUCCUUUAGAGGAGCAUUUUCUGUACUAUACAAAGAUGAAAGCUGAAUAUUUCUAUGUUUCUA